AAACUUUUAGUAAGAGUCGCAGGAUAGAUGAUAGAGAGAUGUCACCAUGGGAAAAGAAAGUACAGCGCGGUAUAGCAGAUACAGCAAAAGUGGGGUUGCUUAUUUGUUGGUUUUCUAGCAAAAGAGAAUAGUCGGGAUACUGGGACUAUAUUUGUGCGCGGAAGGAUACAGCACCAGUGCCGCUCCAGGGUGCAGGCGGAGAUCUCGCAAACGCAGGCACGUCUUAAGUCUAAUCUGCGCUGCAACCUUGUAGCACAUGAUCCUGUCAUCUGCCAUCCGGGCUGGGGUUUAAUCCACAUCUCCGCACUGGAAACAUUUUCAGCCAUCUUUUUUUUCUUUCCGUAUAAAAGUGCGCUCAAGAGAGAACGAGAUCCACAGCAAGAGCGAAAGUUGGAAGUUCACAAUGUCUAUUUUACCUUUCACUCCCCCCAUCGUAAAAAGACUUCUGGGGUGGAAAAAAGGCGAGCAGAACAGCCAGGAGGAGAAAUGGUGCGAGAAGGCGGUCAAAAGCCUGGUGAAGAAGCUGAAGAAGACCGGCCAGCUGGACGAGCUGGAGAAAGCCAUCACCACCCAGAACAUCAACACCAAGUGUAUCACCAUCCCGAGGUCUCUGGAUGGGAGGUUACAGGUGUCUCAUAGAAAGGGUCUUCCUCAUGUGAUCUACUGCCGGCUGUGGCGCUGGCCCGACCUUCAGUCUCACCACGAGCUCAGAGCCAUGGAGCUGUGCGAGUUUGCUUUCCAUAUGAAGAAGGACGAGGUGUGUGUGAACCCAUACCAUUAUCAGCGUGUAGAAACGCCAGUUCUUCCACCAGUUCUGGUCCCUCGGCACACUGAGAUUCCCAGUGAGUUUCCUCCUCUGGAUGACUACAGUCACUCCAUACCUGAAAACACCAACUUCCCCGCUGGCAUUGAACCACCAAGCAACUACAUUGCAGAAACACCUCCUCCAGGCUACCUCAGUGAGGAUGGGGAGACGAGUGACUAUUCCCUGAACCCUAGCAUGGACACAGGAUCUCCAAGCCUUUCACCAAAUUCUUUAUCUCCACCCCCGAGCACCUUAGACCUGCAGCCUGUGACGUACUGUGAGCCAGCGUUCUGGUGCUCCAUAUCCUACUAUGAGCUGAAUCAGCGAGUGGGGGAGAUCUUCCACGCAUCCCAGCCCUCUCUCACAGUAGACGGGUUUACCGAUCCAUCCAACUCAGAGCGUUUCUGCCUGGGCCUCCUGUCCAAUAUUAACCGCAACGCUGCUGUGGAGCUCACACGCAGACACAUCGGCCGAGGAGUGCGUUUAUACUACAUAGGAGGCGAGGUGUUUGCUGAGUGUCUCAGUGACAGCGCCAUCUUUGUUCAGAGUCCCAACUGCAACCAGCGUUAUGGCUGGCACCCUGCCACCGUCUGCAAGAUCCCCCCAGGCUGUAAUCUUAAGAUCUUCAAUAAUCAAGAGUUUGCAGCUCUUUUGGCCCAGUCGGUAAACCAAGGCUUCGAGGCAGUGUAUCAGCUGACCCGCAUGUGCACCAUCCGCAUGAGCUUUGUCAAGGGCUGGGGAGCCGAGUACAGGCGGCAGACGGUUACUAGCACCCCCUGCUGGAUAGAGCUGCACCUAAACGGACCCCUGCAGUGGCUUGACAAAGUUCUCACCCAGAUGGGCUCUCCCUCCAUCCGCUGCUCCAGCGAGUCCUAGGAAGAUCCUCUUAAUAACACCACAGGAAGUAGCCAAAAAACCAAAAACCCACCAACAUAUACAUAUUCCUGUAGGAAACGAGAUCCUAAAAGCCAAAUCGGAAACUAGAGCCUUUCCAACACUCACCACUUUCAGUAGCACUUUCGCACAUGUUGAUCUCAAAAAAAGGAAGCGUGUAAUAAACAGUGCAAUUUUUGCUCCUGCUUCGUCCAUAUCGUUUAUCACCGAUGUUCUGUUUAGCACCUUGGAUUUCGGUGAACCAAAUCCAUUGGGUUGAUCAUGUGUACUGUAGAUUUCCCCUAUUUGUUGUCUUUUUGUGUACAGUAAAAUGGAUUUUUUAAAAUACAUGCAAGUUGUCUAUAUUUCGGUUGAUUUUCGUUUGAACAAAAUAACAGAAGAAAGCUCAUAAUGUAGUAUUUUAGAAAUGUUGAUGUGAGGUUAUGACUCAUCCUGGGCGUCUUUCUGUCACCUACAUGCUUGCCAUUUUAUUUCAUUCUUACUGGUUUUUUUGGAGUCUCAUGCCAGGAAUGUGCACAUUCAAACAAAAACCUUCAGAUUAUUCUUCAGAUGAAAAAGUCCAAUUAUGAUCAUUAAUUGUUAGGAAUGCACUCACAUUUUCCAACCUAAUGUCUGUUCACCACAUCUGAAGUGUAGGUGUGGUUACUACAGACAUGAAUUUUCAACACGUCUCCCUGUAGUGAAAAAAAAACACACACGCACACACAGAAAGCCUGUUUACUCAAAACUCACCUUUGAUGUAGGUGGCAGCUGUUGCGGUGUCAGAAAAACGGUUAAUGCCACAGGUCAUAAAACAGUUUCAUAAAUUCUUUAGUCAAAGGCGUUUUAGAGUAUUUUUCUAGUAUUGUUUUAGUCUGUGCAGCGGUAUUGUGUGUGUGUUUUCAAACGUGUGUAUGGAACCCUGGGAAAACCCUGUUACGUUCAACAAAAACACAGAGUAAAAUUAUAUUUACAUAUCACAUCAUUUGACACCUCUACUUUAAAAAACUAUGUAUUUUACCAAAAAUGAUAUGGAAAUUAUACUUUUUAAUCAAAUCUUUUUUUUUUUUUUUAUUCACAGUAAAACUCACACCUUGAAGUUCAAAUCAUUACAGUAAAUGCUGUAGCAAAAAAAAAAAAAAAAUAGCACAUACGUUGAAUUAAUUUACUUUAUUAUUGAAAUAUCAGCUGUGAAAACGUGAAGCUCCAUGAAGCAAACUUUACGAAAUGUUUGAACGUGAAUCAUGAUUGCUUUAGGAAGAAAAAAAAAUAGAACUGGUAGAAAAUGCUAACGUUUUUUUAUAAAGGGGUUUCCCAGGGUGGUACUCAUGGAAUUCCAUAAAUGUCAUUAGACGUCCAUUAUAAGUGAUUUUCUUUUUCUCGGCACAGAGGAAAGUGUGGAAAUCCUUUGUGGUAACAACAAGAAAAAAAACUACACCCCUCCAGCUGAUAAAGAUUAGGUUUAGAAAGUAAGUAGCACGACCCUCACCAUAAGCAGUCACACCGGCACAUAUUUUGCGGCAUUAAGAAAACACAGUGACGGUGGGCAGAGCGAGGGAAGGGUGUCGCUGUAGAUUACUGACAGAUGAAAGGUUGUUAUUACUCCUGUGGUAGAGCUCCACAUCAGUGUUUUUAAUCUGUCUGCAUGGAGCCAUGCCAAGUCUUGCACCGUGUGCAUGUGUGUUCUUGUAAGAUGGUGCUUAUUGGUAGCUGUUUAAUCUGCAUGCCAGCUGUCUUUACUGUGUGCUUGAAUGCGUCUCGCCCGGCUCGCACUGAGUUCAGAUAUCGGAGUUGACACUCAGCUUUCCUUCCUGUAUGUGGUGGAAGGUGUGAGGAACUGAAAUCUGUGCUCCAGCUCUGCCUUUGUGUCAGUCUGGACUGUAUUUGCAGCAGGAACUCUGGGUGUAUAUAAAUUACAACCUCAGAUAUCAAUAGACAGCUUGUCGUAGUGGCUCACAUUGCUUCUUCUUCAGCAUUGAUGGAAUUGGAUUUCAUUUUGUUUGUCGGUUGUAAAAAAAAAAAACAUGUUAUCAUUCAGAAAUGAGCUAUAGUUUCUUGUUGUUUUGUAUAUUCAGGUUAAAUACGGUUGAUUCAUCUCAAACUCACCUCAGUGUAUAAAUAAUGUACUUUUAAUGACUUAAUAUACAAUAAACGUUGCCUUUCAAGGUGCUGCAUAUUACAAUAUAAAUUAUUAUUAUUAUUAUUAUUAUAAAAGGCUCAUAAGCGUCAUUAAUUAUAAUAAUAUGAAAUACCUAUAACAAUAUAAUGAUUAUUAAUAAUAAUGGAUAUUAUUAUUAUUAUUUUUUUUAAUAAUCAGUAUAAACAUUACAGUACCGUAUACAAUAUACUGUAGCGCUGAGCUACGGCAACACUAACAGGACAAAAUUUCAGUUAGACUGCACCUUUUAGAGGAAGUAUGAAUUUCCACAGCAAAACAUAGACCAGAUUUUAUGCAUUAUAAUAAAAAUAAAUAAAUAAAUAAAACACAAAAUAAUUUAGUUUGGAAAUUCGGGACAGUCGUACAGUCGUGGUUAAAUAAUACUAUACAAAACACGCAUUAAUUAUAUGCUAAAUGUUUCUAUAAGCUAUUUUGAUUAAAUAAAAUGAAUGAAAAUGUAUCUAUGGGUAUAUGUAUGUAUAAAUUCUGGUACAUGUAUUUAUAUUCUAAACUUUUAUUUCAACCCAAACUGUUCAGUAUGUGCGGUUUUGUGACUUUCCUGCCACAAAGGCAAACAGUUCAGCUUAUGGACAAGCAUGCACGCGUCUUAUUUCCUCACACUCCUCAUGAAGCAGUGCGCAUUCAGAGUGUGCCUUCGCAUGAUUUUUUCUACUUUCGUUACUUAUCAGUUCAUGGUUUCUGAAUAGUUUGUAGAUAAUGCCGUUGCAUGCUUGUUUUCAGAGUUUGGGGAGAGUUUGCAAAAAAAAAAAAAAAAAAGAAUAAAAAAAAAGAGCCUUGGACAACCAUGACUUUUUUAUACUCCAGACAGAAUUCGGGGAUUCAAAAGCGAAACGUUGUGUAUAGCAGAUUGUGUUGAGUUUUUUUUUUUUUUUAGAGAAUGCCAUCAAAUCUUUGAAGAGACUUUUGGAAAUUGAAAAGAAAGCUAGGACUGUGCGUGAAUGAUACAAAUUCUUUAUGUAUGCUUUUUAACUUUCAAAGCAUUUUCGAUCAUUAUGAGAACAAUGCUAAUGGGCUGAGGGAGUGUGUCACCUGAGGGAGUGAUUAGAAACCUGAAGAAUGAAAGGUUGUCAUUAUUCCUGUAGUUCUACUCUUUAAUCUGCUCGCAUGGAGCCAUGCCAGGUGUCAUCGUUUCUGUGCGAGAUGGUUAGUAAUCGAUAUUCCAAAACGAUUCAGUUGUUGGAGUUUAAUUGCAGAAAGCUGCAUUGCAGGAUUUUAUGAGAGUUUAUGUUUAAGAUAGUUGUAUUAUGGAAACGUCACUAUUUUUGAAACUCCACUUUCCCAGCAACAGAUUAAAAGAGUUCUAUAGCAGAUAUUUUACUCCAUUUUGGCAUUUUUGCUAUAAUUAAAAAUAGGGUGUAUUAUUAAAAUAAACUAUGAUUAUUUGUGAUUGUUUAUAGCAGUUUUAUCCUGAUAUUGGCAUUUAUGGAUUACGGAUGAGACAUCCUAUUGCCAACCAACGGUAAAAAAAGGUUUUCAUACUUGAGAAAAGACAAUUUUACACAUUUUAUUUGAAGUUUAUCAGCAAAUUGUUGAGUUGACUUUGAUUAGUAUGCAUUAUUGUGCUUGUUAUUUUGUCGAUCGUUUUAUUAGGCUUAUUCUGUGACAUUGCGCUUAGCUGUGCUUAUGCUUUAAAUGUCUUUCUUUUUUUAUGAAAAUAUAUAUAUACUUUUUUUCUCCUCAUUUAAAGUGUCAGUUAUACUUCAUUGUUAUCAAUGUACUUUUAAUAAAAAAAAGAUAUAUCUCAAA